UGGGACACUGUGCAGGUCAACUGGUAUCGCGCCUAGUCGAAUGUAAGGGAGAGCUGUGAAUUCGAUAGAUCUAUUAUUUAGUGAUAACCUUGUCAUGGGUGAAAUAAAUUGUUGGCGUUAGAUCUAGUGCGUAUUAAGAAAUCGUUCAUAUGUUGACGGAUUCAACUGUUGAGAUGGGUAGUACUGAAGGAGUUGCCUGGUAAUAGAUGUUUAUAUCGGUGUAAGAUAGCCUAUUACAGCAAAUUUUUCACAGACAAGGUGAAAAUAUUUAUUUGCGUAAGGCGCCGAUCAGGCUAAUAUUCGAUUGGCAGUCAGGCCGUCCAGGUUUGGCUAUACUAAUAGCUCCACAUGCAGUCGACACCUGGAUAAAAAGCGUUGUAGUUCACCGAAAUAUUAAAAUGCAGAGGCCUGCGUCCUUCUCAAUACAAAUAUAAUGAUCGUAUACUAUUUAAACGAAUAUGUGCUGUAUUCUUCAGAGUUGUAAUAAUCAUAUCUUGAUAAUUUGUGAACUUUCAUUUUGUCUUUUCAAGUUGCCCCCUCCGUACGGGGAUAUUUAAUAUUUGUGCAAGAUUGUCUACAAUGGAAUACAAUGCUCGUGAACCAGCUUCGAGAACCUCCGAGUACGGAUUUAGAGAGUCUGCUUGGGCGGCGGAAGACGAGAGGGACUGCCGGACGUGUGAUAUUUUGCUUGUGAUUUUACUCUUCUCGCUGGUUGGGACGAUCGGCCUGGGGCUGAUAUUCUACAUCUUCGGUACCUUCGCUGACAUGAACGAAAUGGCAAGAUUUCGUCUAUCAUUCAUGAUGAACUGCGUUUUGAUUAUCAUCGGAAUCCAGUUCAUGUUCAGUAUAGUUGGACUAAUAAUCCUUCUACUUGCAAGAAUCCUGAAGCGCGACCAGAAGCAAAAGUUUCGUUCAGAAAAUAUUCGGCACACCCUACCAAGAGUAGCGACAACUUCGACGCUAUGUUCUGAAUGCCAAUGCACACAAACUCAUGAAGUGCGUAAUUUUCCUAAGAUUUCUCAGAUUGAUCUGGAGGCAACUGCCAGAAGUCCUGAUAUUCGGAUAGUGUACCUCAAGGAAGAUUGCACCCAAACUGCAUCUGAACCUGACGACGAACUGCCGGAACUUGCGACGGUUGAUACAGAAUUAGCAGUUAACAGCAGCGCGCCAGAGGAGAUUGUUCCUUCUGAAUUAGUGUAACUUGCAGGUCCUUGAUUAUGAACCUCUAUUCAUUUUAACUAGAAUGUUAAGAAAUUCCCUCUGUAAUUUCUUGAACUGUAGGAGCAGUUACCGUUAUCGUGUGAAGUUCAUCAAUCAUCAACUCUAACAUAUUUGGCGGUAACUGUUUAGUACAAUUCCCACAAGUCUCUUUUCCGUCAAAACGCGUCGAAAUGGGUAUGACUACCUUACGGCCUCAAUCUUAAUUGGAAAAUAUUAGUAAAGGUUGUGAUAUCUUCUGAAGAAUUUUAAAUUUAGGUUAUGCAUUUAUUUGUGAUUAAAGUAGAUAUUUUUAACCGUUUUUAGACUAUCAUUCAAUAGUUGCCCUCGAGGAGGGUUUUUAAUUGUAAUUUGAACAAGCGCACCUGUGCUCUGAUGCCAUGAAUUGUGCUUAAUAAUUUUAUUAGUAA